AUGCAUGUGCGCUACUUGCAGCACCAGUACCAGGGCACCGUUCAGCUGCUUCUCAUGCCCCUUUCUACGGCUAACUCGAUCAAGAGCCAUAAAUGGGCAAGCGAUGAAGAGGAAGCUGAGCUGGAGGGAGUGCCGCUGCCGAUACAGACAUUUUUGUGGCGUCAGAGCAAUCCUUUCCUCGGCGCAAAGACGGGGAAACUACAUGAGGCAUCAUGCGUGACGUUCGAAAGAGUGGUCGUACAAAACAUUCUCCAUGGCCUCUCCCCAUCACUAUCAGAUGCGAUAGCCUCAAUUUCAAGAUGGAAAUUUAUUCGAGCAGCCCUCCCACAUAUCAUACAGUGUUGCGGAAGCCUAUUAGAAACACACGCCGCCAGCACCCCAAAUUCUCUAUCCCCCUCCCUUUCAAAAAUUCUGUAUAUCCUACAUUGGAUGCUACUCGAUUCGGCGACGGAAUGCAUGGAGGGAAACUCAGAGGAGAAGGACGAUCAAUCAGUCUUUUUGCGGAAACAGGCUCUAUUUUCUAUCCCAGCUAUACAAUUAUUUGUUUAUUUAAUUGCUCCGCUGGCGGAGUCAAUCCACGAAGAAGAUAUCACAAAUAGUAUUCGAUUAGAAAGCGGUCUGAAGUUGUGGCAAUCGUUGUGGCAGUAUCGUCAACCGGAUGUCCUGUGCUUUUGUGCUCCGGUGAAGCAAAGGCGAGGGGAGCUGCCAGUUUUAUGUGUCGUGCGAAAGGGCCGUCGUGAAAGCAGCACCCAGGCCCAGGGUAUAUAUCUAGGCGAUGAACCCGAAACUGCCCGAAGACCGUCAAUUGUACCGCCCCCAAAGCCUCCGCGUUCCGAUGCAACGGUCUUGGCCGAGAAGAGGCAACGCGAGCUGGAAAGGGAGGCUGCCAAGUCUAAUGAGCUGAGGGUGCAGCCAGAUGUGGCCCAAAAGCCGGCAGCCGAUCGGAGCCGUUUGUUGAUUGAUGUUGGCCCGUCAACGUCAGCCGAGAAUCCGUAUCAAAAGCCGCUUUCCCGAGAAAGGAAUUGUUCGGUGGUUCGAAGUGCAUCUGAAUAUCGUGCGGAUGGCGAAUCGAUGGAUCAGCGACCAAGAAUCCCUAAAAGCCACACCACAGCAGCUUUUGAUGUCUCGCCAACAUCUGAAAACAGCAUAAAAAUAUUGGAUGAAGUCGAUGCGGCCAUGCGAUUCGUGGAAGACAACUCACUAUCGAAUAUUUUUGCCGGGUCGGCCUCUGACGAGGCGCCACUCGUCCAGCUAAAUGACAUUUGCAGUGGCGUCUCCGUGGAUAUUGGCGAUUUCAAUGAGCCCGGCCAGUGUGAGGUUGUCUGCGAGAAGUGCGGGUUGGUAAUUUAUCGUGAAGGGACGAUGGUGGGCACGUGUAAAUGUGCCAAAAACGGGAAGGGCCAAUUGAAAGUGGUGAAGCGGGAGAGCCCGACAUCGCCACAACAUUCGGCUCCGCCUUUGCCACCACCACCUCCCCCAGAACGAUCAGAACCGCCAGCAUUAUUUUGUCGAGACGAGACGAUCUCUUCUAGCAGCCAGCAAACUGUUGUGCAGAAUAUUACACCAAGAAGUACCAAAAUUCCAGAAAGCUCAAGCCACGUCAGCAUGGAACAGUCAUCAUCCGGUGAUCUACUCCAAAAUUGCGAAGAGGGAGAGAAAGAAUUUGCCAUCCACGACCCAAUGGUCGCUUCCUACUUUGACGUUGCUGUUAUCCGAACAUUAUUGAUACAACAUUGGAGUGAGGAGGGUGUGCACUGGGCUAUGCGCUAUUUGCUGAAUCGGCUCACUGAUAUCCAGUUGUACGUCUCAAGCAAAGAAUGGCCUGGACAACGAGGACGGAGCAACUCGCUGCCUCCAUCCCGGAAACACACGCAACAGAUGGAAGCUGCUGCCUACCUAACGCCUACGUGGGCUGACCUGCAGAUUGAGAGCGAUGAAGACAAGGGAAGACCCCACGUUGCUUUCAAGGAUACGCGACGACGUCUCUCAUCCGAUAUGGGCGCAUCGUUGCGACUCCAUGCCGGGCAUGAAUCCAGAAGAGCAUCGUUGAACAUCAACGCGCGACGGCUUGAAAGAAAUAAAAGCGAUCCCUCGCUCAAUAGCUCCCUUGAAGUGCUCUCAAUCCGGGAGCAAGUUGGCUCUACAGCGAAUAUCUCGAAGGAAGACAAGGAGAAGGAGGCCGAGAAAUUGGCUGCGAAGUUCUAUCCAGAGGCCUUGGGGAGUACGAAUUUCAUCGAGAAAGAUGGCCAUAUCAGUUUCACAGUCAUUGUGCAAACAGUGGAUUCAGUGAUGGAACGAAAUGCAACAGUGCGAUUGUGCGAAUUGGCGCUGAACAUUGCGGAUACCCUGCUGCGAACGCCUGCUGAACACGACCCAGAGUUCUUUGGUCGCUUGUCAAACAUGGUUUUCCGGAUAUACUUGUCGUUGGGAUGUCCACAUGGCUGUAGCGAAGGUGUGAAAAGUGCUCAAGGAGAUUUCUUGAGGGCUAAGGCUCGCGCCUUGUUCGCAUCAUUAGAACGUCUCGAUGGGGAGCGCUUCAAGACUCUAAUCCAGAACUAUGUGCGAGAUCAUCCACCCCAACAAGUUCUCGAUCUCCUCCACGCCAUCACUGCCUUCUGUCGCGCUGAAUUUUCAAGUGCUGAUGGUCGUCGUGAAUCUCGAGCUCCUUCCUACCGCAAUCAAUUUUGCGAAAAGGACAAGGGGAUUGAGGGACGGAUCCUGAACGCCACCUUCAAGCCGCUGGCCUCUCGACUUGUACAAAUGGGCGUUCAGUUGCAACAGCCUGAGAACAUGAGCAUGUACGGCGAUGUUCGAAUGUUGGUGAACUUUGUGCAGGACCAACACGGAAAUCCAUUUCGUCGUGUUGGCCUGUCCGCGCUGAUCGAUGCUAUUACACGCCCCACCGGCCCAAAUGAAUGUGAGAAGCGUGAAGGGGAAGGGUCCGGAAAGUCAUCACCAUCAAGUAUGGCGGCUGGAGGUGCAAAUCGUGGAGAACAAGCAAGCCUUCGACGAGGGUUGUUCAAGAAGAAGGAAAAGCAUUCCGGCGCGGAUGAAAGUGAUUGGGAUUCAUCUCCAUCUACACCUCGAACAAUGUCUUCUGUUGAUGAUACUCCUCUACAACAGUUGGUGCAACAACAUGGUCUCAAAAAGAAAAGCGCUCCAAAGCUGCAUUUUGCAUUCAAUCUACUGAAAACCAAUCGCACUGACAAUGUGGAAGAAGAAUGUUCGGAUGUGGAUGCUGAGGGAGAUGAUGAAGAGGACUAUCCUUCCAAGAAGACCAGUGUGGUAGAGGAUAGACCUUCUGCUAGAAGACAACCAACCAUGAGCGGCGCACUUCGGUUAUGGGGCGUGAUGAUCCCUGCGGCUAAAAAUGCAGAUCCGAGAGCGAUCCUAGAAGGAACAAAGCGAUUUGCUUUCCUUUUGGAGACAUCUCGACCUGGGACAUUCCCAGAUCCGCCACUCACUGGAGCGAUUAUACAAUUAAAAUCACCAAUCGUCUCCCGGGCGGCAUUGCUCCUGGAACUGGCCCAUUUUGUGAAUCGCUGCAAUCGAGGCGAAUGGCCGGAAUGGAUUCGAAGCAGUCAUACCCGAACUUUCAGUCUUGGCGGCCCAUUGGCAAAUCGUGGAACCCCGUCAGCGACCCGAAGAAUGCAUACCUUGCAAAGAUCGGCCGGUCGUUAUUUCUAUCAAUGGGCCCUGCAUAUUGGCGAACAGCUUGGUCGUAUCGUUGACAAAGGGGAUGCUCGUGACAAGCGGGAGUUGAAGAUGGGUGAUGUGAUGGAGGAUUUUCUCGACGAUGCCACUGUCAAUAAUGAAGAUGGGAGCCGAGCGCCACCUGCUCUUCAGCUCAUUGCAGUCAUGCUGCUUUUUGAAAUUACUUCAUUUCUUCGCGAAUAUUUCCGGACAAUACCACGAGGGAAGCCAGGAAAGACUGGUGCUCCAUCUGGAUGGGAUCGUUUGUUGUCACAUCGGCGAUGGUCUAUUUUGUCAAACACCUUCAAUCCGCAGCAAACCGGUUCUGUGAGCAGCAUCGCUGACGCCAUCCCAGGCGGAAUUCAUCUCAACGACAAAGAGAGAAGAAUCUCCUUGUCAACAGCUGAAGAAGACUCUCCUCGUGGCUCUAAGGAUACGAUCGAACAAGACGAGAAACGUGGUCGACGACUCGCCACUGGUCGGCAGCGACUGCUGAAGCGGGGAUCACCUCUUGGAGCUACCCCGAACCUUGAAUCGAGCCAUAAAAGGAGGCAGCAAGCUUCGUUCAAAUUACGGAAGCCUUCCAAACCGCCAGUUGAUGAAAUUGAAAAGGACCCGGAGUCGCAGAUUCUGCCAGCAAUCUCUAUGAGCACCAAGGAGACCUUGAAGCCAACCGCUGAAGAAGGAAGCAUCAGUCCGACAUGUGAUACCGGGCAUAGCGGCUCACAGCCGGGAUCUGGUGUCUAUCAGCGGCGCGAUAAGUCUGCGUCACACGACGACGAAGAAGAGCAUAUGGUCAAUCAUCUACCCUGGCUGAAGGUGAUCAUGAAGUUCGUCAACAGCUUCGACAUGGAAUGCACGCACGAGAGCGCGUGUACCGCCAGAUGCUUCAAUCGGGUGUCGAGGCAAUGCAAUCGACUUCUAGAGGCGGUCUCAUAUGUCUAUGGAGAUAAAAAGCCCAAUUCUGAACGGGUCGACCGCCGACGGUUGAUGUUCGACAAAUGGAACUUGGAGCAACAGCACAUCCGAAGGUCACUUCACUCACGACAAUCGGCUGCUAUUCCGAGAAGGGAAAGCGCAAUGACCGGUGUUCACUCGGAACGCUCUAGCAUGGCCAUCAAAGCUCUCCUUAUGGAAAAGAUGAUGCAGGAGAAGGCGGAAAAGGACAAAGAAAAGGAGAAGGAGGAUUCGAUGUCCAAAAAGAUCAGUAUGCAAGAAGUGGAUCGACUUUCUGAUGAUGGUACCGAACAACCAGAGUUUGAGAAAAAUCUGCCGAUGUUGGGUUACAUCAGAAAUAGCGUUCUCGGUCUUGUCCACGCACCGCUAUCAGCAGCCUUGAAGAGUUCCCUCCUCCUCUCCACCGACCAUUUUCGGGGUUUGAUCCCUGUGGCGUGGGGGCUGCUUCUGAAUGAGGACCCACAUGUGGUCGUGGUUGCAGCCUCAAUGUUCAUUGUGGCAUCGGUUCGCCGUCCUGAUGAUGCCGUCGCUAUCAUCAAGGCAGCAAUCGACUCCGAGAACCCAACUGAACGAACGGGCGCGGUGCAGAGGUUCUACGCCUUGUGGAGAAAUCGUUUUCACGUAUGGCUGAAGAUGGAAGAGGGUGCCCAGACCGUUUUCAAGGUCCCGCCACCUGGAAUCGACUUUACUUUGCCUUCACCACCUAUUGGGCAAUCACAACUGCCUGUCGUCGAUCCGCCAUGGAUGCCCCAUCUUAAGACAAAAGUUGAGGAGCUGAGCUUGAAGGAGGAGGAGCAUGCAACGUCCCAAACGAUCAUGACAAUGACGCGAACAAGGAGAAAGCAAAAGCAAGAAAUGGUCAAGCGAGCGGUCCGAGAAGCUGAAGAACGACAGUGCGAACAGCGUCAAGCGUUUCAGCUACGGGGGAGUGCGCUCGUCCAGCAAGCAGCUUAUGAGCCGGCACUCUUUCAUCAUCAACAAGAGACGACUGAAGAAGGUGAAGCUGGCCAUGGACAUCCACCACGCCAUGUCCUCCCUGUUGCUCAACCGCUAUUCCCAUCGGCCUUACUCUCCGUCGUCCCACAAAUGAUCGAGCUGCUGGAUGACCCUCAAGUCGACAAAAAUGGAGUUUCCGUCGGCGAUGUCGCCAAAAAGGUCAUCUGGGCGUGCAUCGUCGAAGAACCAUCCCUUUUCCUGCGCCACUUCCUCGAGCGUCUAACAAAUCGCGAUCGCCAGGAAUACCUCAUCUCUCUUCUGCGGAAGCUGAUUUUGCGCUUCAAGCCUUUCCCAAGUCAAGCAGCUUAUUCGUUGCUCAACUACCUGUUCGGAUUCGUGAUGCACUAUGUGCGCUCGGCUUGCGACGGCUCAGAUAAAGCUCUCGGAAUGGCCCUGUCCCUCACUUGGCUGCUAGCUCCUCACGUCAACGGACUCUACUUCAAGGACUUGAAGCAGACGUUGAAGAAGGAACAGUGCGACCAAGCAUUAAUGGUCACUGCAAAUGUCCCAUCUGCCAAGAAAAUUGUCGUUCACGGCCCUGACUCCGUGGAGGGCGGCAUCCCGUCGCAGUUUCCGGUCCACGAAGAUACCCAAUUCUGCCAGAUCCUCACCGACAGCCUCGAGUUCUUCAACAUCGAAGACGAGCUCGAUCAUUACUACCUGGCUGACGCGAAGACCGGUGUCCUGCAUGUGCCAAGCACCUACGUGCGGGAUUUCUACUUCUUCCAUCGCUCCUUCUACCCCCAACUGACACUGCUGCGCAUCGACCCUGAUGAGGCAGCGCGCAGGAUGAAGACCUCGGCUUUUGCUAUGCGCUUCAUCGACGUAGGAAAGGUGCUGCUCACCCACAACAUCCUCAGCCACAGCCCUGCCAAUGUGAUUGCACAACGAAUCUUCUUCUUGCAUGACGAGCUGACGCACCUUCCAUCAUUCCCUAGAAAAGCCUUAGAAGCUUGCUUUGGAAUGUACCACGACGAAGGGGGAUCCCAGUUGAAGGAAGUUGACGCCAUGCACAAAUUCGUCUGGGCCAAAUUGAUGAGCGACAUGUUCGAAAAGAUGGAGAACGCCUUUAUGUUUGCCGAUCUUCACCUCUUUAUAAACGUCGUGAAUGGGAUCAUGAUUAUGCAUUGCGAGGAUGUACUGAUUCUCAGGCGAUGUGCAGCUACGUACAUAGCAAUGAGCAUUCAUUUCCAUACCUUGUUUGCAUCACAGGGCUUCUUCCUCAUUAUGCCGACCCUGCUUCGUUGCUAUUCGCAACGUCAGACAAAUCGGGUCUUCUGCAAUGUCGUCGAGUUCUUGUGCCGUCAAUUCUAUACUUUACAUCGCAAACCAUUUAUCCUACAGAUGUGUGGCGCGGUCGCUACAAUUCUAGACCACAAUAAUGAUGACUUUCAAGUGAACCCGAUGCGAGUGAAGGCCAAGUACUGGUUUGCACUGCUCAAAGCAAUGGAGGAGAUGAGCAACGAGGCGGAUCCCUUGGAUAUCCUGGGACUUGUUCCGCAUCCAAAACCUUUGAAAGCAUUGGAUCUCUGCUAUCGGGAUGACCCCAAUUCGUUCUGCGUCCUAACUGAUGGCCUCGCCGCUUGCAUCUGUGUAUGUGCCUUCUCGCCGGAAGGGAAAAAGAAGCCAUCAUAUGCUGCUCGUAAUGCAAGCCCUUCUUCCCCACAUCAUCAGAAGAGC